AUGGAAUUUUUGAUGAAAAUGAGUCCCAGAUACCAACAUAUUAGAAGCAAUAUUCUGAUGAUAAAGGAACUCUUAUCUGCAGCUGAGGCCUAUAGAAUCUUAAUGCAAGUACAGACACAUCAAGAACUUAGCAAGGGAACUCCAAGUGAGGAACAUGAAACACCUAUUGCUUGUAGGGCUGACAACAAGAGGAAGUAUGGGGAUAAAGGAAAAUUUGUGAAAAAAAAAGGGAGUUACUAUUGUGACCAUUGUAAGGUCUAUGUACAUAGUAUGGAGAGAUGUUGGAAAAUUCAUGGGUACCCUGCUAAUUACAGACCAAAUAUAUGGAAGAAAGAUGCUAAUAUCAAGGUUAAUGCAACACAAACCAAUUUUCAACAUGAGGAGCGGCAUGUUGAGCCCAAAUUAACCAAAGAACAGGACAAUAAGUUGCUGUGUUUACUGAAGACACAACAAGAUCACAACCAUGACAAGGAGCCCUCAAUGGCUGCCUUUAAUUUCUUGAAGGGGAAGCAUAAUACUAUCAUCAUUCCUGAUGGAGCACAAGUUAAAGUAAAAUUUAAACAUAAAAAUAAGCUUUGUGCUAAUCUUUGUGUCAUGCAGGAGGCUUCGAAGAAGCCUUUGCUUCUUGGUAGGUUAGGAAAUAACCUCUAUUAUGUUGAAGAUAAUCUUGUUCCAAUUGCACAUGAGGAUUUUUUGAAGCUAUGCAAGUCUCCAACUACUGAAAACAGAAAUAAAACCACACUAAACACUACAGUUUUUUUUAUGCAAGAAGAGGAUUCACUAAGUCUUGAAAAGAUCAAGUUGUGGCAUCUCAGACUUGGGCACAUGUCUUUCAAUAGACUACAAACUGUGUUUCCUGAUUUACAUUGUAAACAUUUUGAUAAGAAAUUCUUGUGCACUGGUCCUCUAAAAUUUACUACAAGAUUAAAGUGCAAUAAUUUUUGCACUAUUGUGGAUGAUUACUUAAGAUAUACUUGGGAAAUUUUCAUCAAAAACAAAAGUGAAACACUUGAUUUUUACAAAAGCAAAGGCAUAUUGCACCAAUCAAGCUGUAUUGAAACCCCACAACAAAAUGGGGUGGUAGAGCGCAAACAUAAACACCUCUUAGAGGUAGCAAGGACUCUAUAUCAUCUGUCCAAGGUAUUUGGAUGUUUGUGUUUUAUGUCUUCUUUAAAGAGAGACAGAAAUAAACUAGCAAAAAGAGCAGACCCAUCUAUCUUAUUUAGUGAAGCUGAUAAAACUAUAAUGCAAAAUAUCUUUGUGCCUAAAUCAAAUCUCCCUUCACAAGUUUCUGAUUCUACUGAUGAGAGUCAUUCAGUAACUCAAGAUACAUAUAUAUCACCCAUUUUCGGUCAACAACAUAAUGUUGUUAGUGAAUCACCAAAAUAUGACACUACUGUCUCUUGUCAUGAUAGGCCUGAAAGAAUGAAAAGACACCCCGAGUAUCUUAAGGACUAUCAUUGUAAUUUUGUUAAGCGGUCUCAGUGGUGUAAUACUAAUGAAAACUAUACAGAACCAAGUUCAUAUGCACAAGCUUCUGGAGACCCCAAUUGGGUUGAAGCUAUGAAGAAAGAAAUUAAAGCCUUAUCAAAAAUAAAACAUGGGAGGUUAUUUCCCUACCACAUGGGAAAAGACCUAUUGGAAGUAGGAUUUAAAGAGUUAAAUCUUAAUAAACACUUUAAUGAUUUGAGUGAUGACGAACUGGAUGUUAAUGAUAUUAGUGCAAUUAAAAGGAAUAACAUGCAGGAUGCCAUACAAAAUAUUGAUGUUGAAGGAAAACAGAUUACCAUUACUCCAACUGUUGAUGAAACCACUUCCCCUUGUAAACCAAAACCUUCCAGAAAAAGGAAGACUAGGUCCAGGAAGUAA